UCCUCACUUUAUUCUAACCCCACAAAAAACACAAGAGGAAAGAAAAAUAAAAAGAAAUUUGAAUAUUUUGCAGGGACAUUAAUAACUUAACGUCUAAACUGGCAUCUGUGUUGACAUAUUAAAACUCUGAGAAUUUAUCAUUUUCCAACCAUAUUUAGUUUCUCUCUCUCUCCCUCUCCACACAUCGGGUGCUAGACUACAGCAUUUUUGCAGCGUGCACUCAAGUGUAAGAUCAAGAAAUGGACCAAAAUCAAGAACUCGCAGUAGCCCAGCUGAGGAGAGCAGUUCACAAUCUUGGUUCUUCUACUGAGAGAUAUGGGGAUAUAACUCUGACGAGAUUCUUGAUUGCAAGAUCAUUCGACAUAGACAAGGCUGCAAAGAUGUUUGUGCAGUGGAAGAAUUGGAGGGCUUCGUUUGUGCCCUUAAAUUCCAUCCCUGAUUCCGAAAUUCCUGAUGAAUUGAACGCAGAAAAGAUAUUUUUGCAGGGCCUAUCCAAAAAAGGCCAUCCAUUGGUGAUUUGCAAAGCUAACAAGCACUUUCCUGCCAAGGAUGCACUUCAAUUUAAAAAAUUCGUGGUUCAUCUGCUCGACAAAACCAUAGCAAGUGGCUUUAGAGGCAAAGAAAUAGGAAAUGAAAAGUUGAUUGCCAUUCUUGAUCUACAACAAAUUGGCUACAAGAACGUUGAUGCUCGUGGUUUAAUCACUGGUUUUCAGUUCUUGCAAGCAUAUUAUCCUGAGCGCUUAGCCAAGUGUUACCUGCUACACAUGCCUGGAUUUUUCGUGCGCGUUUGGAGACUGGUUUCACGCUUCCUUGAGAAAGCAACUUUGGAAAAGAUCGUGAUCGUGACAAACGAGGAGGAGCGGGAGGAAUUCGUUAGGGAAGUAGGUGAAGAGGCGUUGCCGGAGGAGUAUGGUGGGAAAGCGAAGUUCACCCUUCUUCAAGAUGUGGAGCUUCAGCCAUUGGAAUGACUGACUAACUUAUUUGAGUUGAUCCUAACCAGAUGCUGAUUUAAGUAACCUUCCAACUAUGGAUUUAUGAAGAAGAAGAAGAAUAAGAGAGGAAUGCAUGCAAGGAUCAAGAUAAUGGUUUAAUUUAGUAGUCACACUUUAUAUUUCUAUAUAUGUUGUCAAAGUCAUCUUAGUAUGCAGCUUUGUUUAUGUAAAAAACGAGGCCCUCUAUCCUAUAUUGCAAACGAGGAACAGAUCAACAAAGCUAUUAUUAAUCGGAAAACAUAACAAGUUAUAUUGUAGUUGCAAAA